AGAAAGAGUGGGGGAAGCUCUUCUCUGCUGGGCUGUGCAUUUAUUGUGACGACCUAUUGCUCUUCGCCCGCUUUUCGCAAGCCAGUCAACCGACUGAUCUUCUAUGCUUCCUUUGGGAAUGCUUUCGCGGGCGUUGCGACUAUCAUCAGCAGAGAUGGUGUCUUAGCGGGUCCAAACUCCAGCCUAUGCAUAGCACAGGCAUUCUUUAUCCAAUAUUGGAUGCCAACGGACUCGUUGUGGUCAUUUUGUAUGGCGGUCAAUAUAUAUUUGACCUUUUACCGGAGAUACUCAGCAGAAGAUCUCAAGAAGCUUGAGAAGUGGUACUUUGCUUUUUGCUAUGGGUUACCGUUGAUCCUGGCAAUUGUACUGAGCGUCAUAAAGACUGCCGAAAGAGGGAGGGUCUAUGGGCCGGCUUUGAUAUGGUGUUCGAUCACGGAACCAUGGCAAUUCUUACGUUUGGUGUGUUUUUACGGUCCAGUUUGGGUGAUAAGUAGCAUGACUUUUGUGAUAUACGCUACGGCGGGUGUUCGCAUUUAUCGAAAGCACAAGGCUUUACAGAGGACCCAAUAUGCGCCACCUGCAAACAGAGCGAUCAACGUGACUCGAUCAGUUUCGUUUGAUGUAACCGCCAGCGCAGACAAAGGGGGAACGACAGAGCCAGCAAUACCAUAUUCGGCCUGUAUCGAGUCUCAAAGGUCUCGCUCUGGAAGUGGGUUGGACAUUCAGGCCAAGAAGAAUCACUCUAUGCGGAGUUAUUUCAGAUACUCCUUUAUCUUCUUCAUAGCCAUGGUCGCUACUUGGUUGCCGUCAUUCAUCAAUCGAAUCUAUGGAAUUAUCGAUCCCGCCAAAACAAUCUUUGGCUUGAACUUGGCGGGUGCAUUUGUCCUCUCUCUCCAAGGGUUUUGGAACGCCAUUAUCUACACCUCGACUACUUUGCCUGUUUUUAAAGCCAAAUGGGCUCACAUGGCCAAAUCCAGAUCACUCGCAAGGCGGCCCGUCAAAACAAGUACGGGGGAGAUUAACGACGUUUCGCUUGGGCAUGUGGGAUUUGAUGAGAGGUUUAACGCAGGCAGUACAUUCUCUUUGGCAAUCCGUUCUCCGCCUGGAAACCCCAUCGCCGACGUGUAG